GGCUUUGGCCAUAUUAAUGACAUUUCUGCUUCACAUACCUAUAUUCAAUACAAAAGAUUUAACAAACUAUUGUAUAAUAAUAAUGAAGGGACUCAAACUGAAUUAUGGAUUUAUAUUUCUUGCCUGUUUCUGCGGAUUCUUUCUUGGAAGCACAAUUGCAGCUAACAAUCCAUACUGCUCAUAUCCGAAAGACAGAGGUCCGUGCAAGGCAGCGAUAGAUCGAUAUUAUUUCAAUUUCGUAACGAAAAAAUGCGAAAUGUUUCCAUACGGUGGAUGCAAAGGGAAUGGUAACAACUUCAGGAGUAUUGGAGAAUGCCAGCAAGAAUGUAUCGAAGUUUGUGAACAGCCAAAGGAACAGGGACCAUGCGAAGCAGCAAUACAACGAUAUUUUUACAAUACUGAUACCAGAAUGUGCGAACUGUUCCGUUACGGUGGAUGUCAAGGGAAUGAUAACAAUUUCGCAAGCGCACUGGAAUGCGAACGAAAAUGCACCAACAUUUGUUUAUUACCUGCUGAUAAGGGGCCAUGCGAGGGUCUAGAAAAGAGGUAUUUCUUCGAUAAGGCCAGAGGAAUGUGCUCUAUUUUUACGUAUGGAGGAUGCGAAGGAAACUCGAACAAUUUUAUGUCAUUGAAAGACUGUAGAAAAACAUGUCGUGACAUGAAUCCGCACUGUUUGGAGCCCAAAGGGAGGGGCGAGAAAGUGGACAAAUAUGAAGUAAGAUGGAUGUACGAGAGCGCGGAAAGAAAAUGUGUUCCCUUUGUUUACGGAGGAAAAGGCGGCAAUAACAAUAAUUAUAUGACCAACAAAGAAUGCAAAGAAAAAUGUCCAAUCGAUGACAUGUGCAAAAUGGAAAUGGAGGUUGGUUCUUGUGAUAGAAAUCUGGAAAGAUGGUAUUACGAUUAUAUUGAUGAAAAAUGCAAGCAAUUUGCUUAUGGUGGAUGCUUUGGAAAUAGUAAUAAUUUCCAGUCUAAAUUGGAAUGUGAAAGAAAAUGUCCUCUAAAAACAGAGUCUGUUUGCUCAAUGUUACCAGACGAAGGCCCCUGUGAUAAAUGGGAACCGAGAUAUUACUUUGACGAUUUACUGAAAAAAUGUAAUCUCCUCGUAUAUGGAGGAUGCGGAGGCAAUGCUAAUAACUUUUUCACAAUGGACGAUUGUAAUGCGCGUUGUCCUGAAGAGGAAGAGGAUAUUUGCCUGUUGCCAAAGGAUCUUGGUGAUGGUGGUAAAGUGAAAGACGAAAAUGUCGAGCCAAUGGAUCGUUAUUAUUACGAUAGUGAAAAACAAAAAUGCCAAUACUUUCAAUACAGUGGGAGUGGAGGAAACGCUAAUAAUUUUCGUUCAUUCAGACAAUGCCAACUUCAUUGUCCCGUUAAAAGUAGAUGUGCAGAGCCUUUGAAAAGAGGAAGCAAUGGCAAGAGUGAUUUACGAUGGUAUUUCAAUAUUGAAACUCUUGAAUGCGAAUUGUUUGUUUAUGAGGGUGCAGGUGGCAACAAAAAUAAUUUCGACAGCAAACGAGAGUGUCAGAAUACUUGCUGGGAAUGCGACAAGGCUUCAGACUCCGGUUUUUGCAAUGGACUCAACAGACGUUGGGCUUACGACGCUUCAUCGAAAAAAUGUAACGGUUUCAUCUACGGCGGAUGUGAAGGAAAUGCCAACAGAUUCAAGAGUUUGUCGGAGUGUGACAAAAAAUGCAAAUAAUGAAAUGUUGUUGUAACUUAUUGUAAAAACUGUACAGAUAAUGCCAUCUACUCAGUCGAAUCAUCGGUUAACUAUCCUUGAUACAAAUUUUGUGAACAGUUGAAAUUAAGCCUUGACUUUUUGUGUGUUGUUACUCUAUUCUGAAGCUAUCAUGCGACCAGCACAAAUGUAUAACUAUAUCAAAACUUGAUCUAUCGUUAUCACAUAAAAUACACUAUUUUGCUGCUUUAUUGAUAUUACAAUAACUGUAAUCACUAGAAUCAAUAUGUCA